AUGGAAAAGACACACAUGUAUGUCGACCGAGAAGAGAAGAUACUGGUUAUGGUGAGAUUGAGGCCCCUAAACAAGAAAGAGAUUGCAGCUAAAGAAGCUACGGAUUGGGAAUGUAUCAAUGAUACCACCAUCUUGUACAGAAACACCUUGCGCCAAGGCUCAAAUAUUCCAUCUGCAUAUUCAUUUGAUAGAGUAUACGGAGGUGAAUGUCCCACCAGGCAAGUUUACGAGGAUGGAACCAAGGAAAUCGCACUAUCGGUUGUCAAAGGAAUCAAUUGUAGUAUUUUCGCAUACGGCCAGACGAGUAGUGGAAAGACAUACACCAUGACUGCUAUUACUGAAUUUGCUGUGGCUGACAUUUUUGACUAUAUUUUUCAGCAUGAAGAAAGGGCCUUUUCAGUGAAAUUUUCAGCUAUAGAGAUCUACAAUGAGACCAUACGUGAUCUGCUUAGCUCUGAUGGUACAUCCCUGAGGCUACGAGAUGAUCCUGAGAAAGGGACAGUGGUUGAAAAAGCCAGAGAGGAAACUCUGCGAGACUGGAACCAUUUCAAGGAGCUUCUAUCUGUUUGUGCAGCACAGCGUAAGAUUGGUGAAACAUCGUUGAAUGAGAGAAGCUCCAGAUCUCAUCAAAUUAUCAAACUGACAGUUGAAAGUUGUGCAUGUGAGUUGUUAGGCAAAGACAACUCCACCACCCUCAUGGCUAGUGUGAGUUUCAUAGAUCUGGCGGGAAGCGAGCGUGCAUCACAGACGAUGUCAAGACUCAAGGAAGGCUGCCAUAUCAAUCAAAGUUUGCUUGCUCUUGGAACUGUUAUCCGUAAACUGAGUAAGGGAAGACAAGGAGGGCACAUCUGCACUCUGAGCCCCGCGAGGAGUCACGUAGAGCUGACCAAGAACACUCUCUCGUUUGCCUCCUGUGCAAAGGAAGUUACCACAAAGGCGCACAUCAACGUUGUCAUGUCAGACAAGGCUCUUCUGAAGCAACUACAAUGUGAGCUUGCGAGGCUUGAGACCGAGCUCAGAAACGCUACCUCAAACUGUGACUGUGCGAUGAAGAAAGAUAUUCAGAUACAAAAGAUGGAAAAACAGAUUGAAGAGUUGAGAAUACAGAGGGAUCUUGCUCAGGCCUCAAAGGAUAUUGCUUCUGUUCGGCCUCACUCUGACGAUGAUGUUCUGCCUAUGCGUUCAGAAGAUCCAUCAGAUGGAUAUUACAGAGAAGUCCAAUGCAUUGAGAUCGAGGAAUCAGCUACAGAUUAUGAUAAUAACAACCACAAAGAGGAGAGAGCAGCAGAACCAAAAAACGUUUUAAGCCGUUGUGAUAACGGUAAUGGUGAAACGAGUGUAGGCCAAAACGUGAAGUUGAGAAGGCUGAACCACAUAGCUACCGCUCCAAGCAAGAGCACUCCACCUGGACCAGAGAGACAUGAGAUUGUGUUGCCUGAUUUAGAGAAUGAUUCUUCUAUGUCUUCUUCUUGUGGGAGCAGUUCCACAGGGGUUCAGAGCAUUCCCUUGAGAGAAGAGGGAGGUAUCACGAGCAUCCGUACUUUCUUUAAUGAUCUUCAGGAGAUGGCAGAUCUUCAUGGCGCCCAGGUCUCUAAUGCUGAGGCUUCUGGUACAAUGGGGAGGGACCUUGGUGUGGACGAGGAUUUUGAGAUGCAGCGGAAAGAGAUUCAGGUGCUAUGGCAAACCUGUAACGUCUCUUUGGUGCAUAGAACAUACUUCUACUUGCUCUUCAAAGGAGAUGAUGAUGCUGAUUCAAUCUACAUUGGAGUUGAGCUAAGAAGACUUUUGUUUAUUAAAGACCGUUUCUCUAAGGGACACCAAGCCUCGGAAGGAGGAGAAUCCUUAACAUUGGCUUCAAGCCGGAAGGCGCUUCACAGGGAGAGAAAGAUGCUGAGCAAGCUUGUGAGUAAAAGGUUUUCAGAGGAAGAGAGGACAAGAAUCUAUCACAAGUUUGGAAUAUCGGUUAACACCAAACGCAGACGCUUACAACUUGUGAAUGAGCUGUGGAGCAAUCCUAAAGACAUGACUCAUGUUGCGGAAAGCGCAGAUGUUGUAUCCAAGCUUGUGAGCUUCACUGAACAAAGCAGAGUCAUGAAGGAGAUGUUUGGUCUGGCCUUCACGCCUCCUUCCUUUACAGCUCAGAAAUAGCAUAGUUGGAGAAAAGCAUGCCUUCACUUUUCUAACCAUCUGUUUUCGGCAUUGACAUUAUUAAUACUUUUCGGUUUCUUGUAG